AUGUUCUCAACUGUGUCUUGUCUUCUCCUUUUCUUCUGUCUCUUAGGAUCUGCUCAAGCUUACAAGAAUUACACAGUUGGAGACGCUUUAGGCUGGUUUGACAACACUGAGAAGUCCAAUGUCAAUUACCAGAAGUGGGCUGACACUAAAGAAUUCACCUUAGGAGAUUUCCUUAUUUUCAACACAGAUACUAACCACUCUGUGGUUGAGACAUACAAUUUUACCACAUACAAAGAAUGUGAUUAUGAUGAUGCACAAGACAAAGACACAAUCCAAUGGUCAGCAUCUGAUCCAUCCAACACCCAAACACGUCCUGUGACAGUGGCAGUUCCUUUGAUGAAGGAGGGCAUGACAUACUUCUUUUCUGGUGAUUAUGAUGGUGAUCAGUGCAGGAGUGGACAACAUUUCAAAAUAAAUGUGACCUAUGGACAAGGGUUGCCCAAAAGUCUCAAAAGCCCAGAAGAUGCCCCAUCUCCUGCUAGUGCUGUUGCUGGAGAUGAUGAUUCAGCACCAGAUACUAUUGUCCCUUCCAAUUUCAACCAUCCCAAAGAAGAACAAAAUGAAGAUGACAAAGCAAGUGACAAACAAGACUCUAGCUCUGUUUCAAUCUCAAAGUAUGCACAACUUCACAUUGUGCUAUUAGGGCCCCUUCUUUUCUUUUUUUAA